AUGAAGGAUUUUCCUUCUUGUUUAAGUGAAAGUGGGGUUCAAGUUGUUGAUUUCUCAUCUAGUACCAGUAGAACUGCUCAGAAUUUAGUUUCUUGUGUCUAUCAAUGUCGAUUACGCAGCAGGUCACGCUUGAUUACAGUGUCAUGGAGUAAGAAUCUGAUGGGUCAAGGCUUUAGUGUGGGGAUUGAUGAUAACACCAAUCAAUGCCUCUGUAAGGUUGAUAUAAAACCUUGGUUGUUCUCUAAGAAGAAAGGAUCAAAAAGUUUAGAAGCAGAUUCUAGUAAAAUUGAUAUUUUUUGGGACCUUUCCUUGUCUAAAUUCGGAUCUGGGCUUGAGCCAUUGGAGGGAUUCUACCUGGGGAUUGUAUUCGAGCGACGAAUGAUUCUCCUUCUGAAAUUUCUGAACAACUGUUUUGAGGCUGAACAAGGAAAUCCACCGGAGAAGAGACUGGUCUUGGCCUGA